AAUAUAUCUCGCGAAAUUUUUUCCCGGUCUUUCUCCGACUUACCGACUCGGGUUUUUAUUACCAAAAGUGAGUCGGUCGGAGGACGCGAACACAACAUAUUUUUGAUGACGGCCUUAUCUAUCUAAAAACAAAUUAUUGUCAUAAAUGCUGAGCAAAAUAUUAGAGAUAAUAUGGUGAAUGUAUUAAAGGGUGUCUUAAUUGAAUGUGCGUCAAGCGUGACUUCCAAGCUGAGUUGAUGAAUGCAAAACCAAAGAAAUAGUUCCUUCUUGGUGCCGUACUAACGAUAUUCAAGCACAAAACUUACGACAUUAUUGAUAUGAAUGGUACAUCGGUAAACACACAAGCACCCUCAUUAACACGUAGAAGAAACGGAAUAAACAUUGAAGGGGUAAAGAAAAUUAUAUAAAUAGGGAUUAUAAUAUAAUUAUAUAAUGUAUUUAUAUAAUUAACAAUUAUAUUAUAAACUAGUCGAGAAAGCCUGUAGAAAUAUCCCAUGAGGCAGAAUAAAAAUGAAAAAUAAGGGUUAUGUAAAUUUUGAUGCAACACAUCCACAUCGUUGCCUCUAUUGUGUAGAGCUUGAAGCGCUGAUCAAGAAAAUGUAUAGGAUCAUAUGUUUUCGACGAACGCCUGAGGAGAUGUAAGGGUUUAAAAUUUUUGCUGACGUCAGCAAAGUCUCUAUUAAAGUACAAAAAAAAAUUUCUUUAGAAAUUUGUAUACUUGUUGCAUUUAUCGUAUAGAUCAUGAAACGCAGAUUAAGAAAAUGUAUAGGUUCAUGUAUUUGACAAAGGGUUGCAGAGAUAUUGGGGUUUAAAAGUUUUUUGAUGACGUCAACAAGCCUUCCGUCUUGAAAUAGAUUUAGGGACCCAGGUUUGGUAAAAUUACCCAAAUUGUUCCUAGGUGGUCCCUCUAGUUACCCACGCGGUGAAAAAACAAUGACGUCACCACCUAGCUAACAAGUUAUUUGGCCUCAAAGUAUAAGUGCACUGUAAUGGCUUCGUUAACUUAAUAUGGGAUAUUGACGUACACAUACUCUCUGCAUUAUUAUAAGAGACUAGUCAACAAAGCCCGUGGAAAAAUCCACUAAGGCAGGAUAAAAAAAGAAGCGCUAUUUGAAUUUUGAUGACGUCAGCAACCGAUCCACAAAAAAAUAAGAACUUUCUUUUUACGUUGCUUCUAUUGUGUCGAGCUUAAACUGCUGAUCAAGAAAUUGAAUAUGAUCAUGUAGAGAUAGAGAAAUGUUCCUUCUAGCACAGGCGCACAUCAAACACGCGCACACCACAGUCAAACACAACAAAUCCGCUGAUCAUCAAGUCCCUAUAAUGUUAAAUCAUACUAAAAUGAGUAAAAAUAAUUCUGGCACACCUAGAGGUAAAUUCCCCUGCACACUGCUGACGUCAUCAAAAAUCAACGCAUGCGCAGUAGCAUCAGUGCUUAGUCAUGCAUAAUAAAUAAGUUCCCUAACAUACAACAAAUGAGCCCCCAACGCAUGCGCAGUAGCUGUGUUAGUUUUGAGCAAGAUGAAAUCCUCCGACAAUGAAAAAUUUCAUAUAAUAAAGAUGAACACACAUACUGUAAAACAAUUAUGUGAUAUUGCGAAAAGCCGUGGGUUAACAGGGUAUUACAGGCUACGCAAGGCUGAAUUGAUUGCCUUGCUGGAGGAUGUACAACGAAAGCCAGUUAAGCCUAUAACACCAGAUGAUAUGGAUAUUUUUGAGAGGCAAGAGAUGCCAAAGACCCGUCCAACUAUAGAGGGUAAAAUCCGUGAAUGGUAUGAUCGGAUUUUACCGAAAUCUGAAAUGGACACCUUUGAAAAGGAUGAGAUGAGAAAAAAUCGUUCGAUCGUGAAAACCAAGAUGCAUGGAUGGUACAAAUGGUUAGUGGACGCUGUUUCCAAGCCUAUAAAAGAGGGAAUCAAGAGAACCUAUGCGACCUUCAAACGUAAAAUUAUGAAUCUCUAUAAUGGGACAGAUAACAUCAUCGCGAGACCUAUGCUUCAUGAUGAGGUGGAAAAAAGGCUGAGGAAGACUACCUCGAAGAUACUAAAAACUAUAUGAUCAGCCAGGGCAAGAUCUUACACCUCAGGAACAUAAGCACGCACUGCAUAAAACAUUUCGAAGUUUCCGCAUUUCUGGUGUAGGAGGAGCCGACGUCGAUGGGUAUAUAAUCGAGGACCAAGUAGGGGAAAUGGGAUCAGCAAAGGUACAGAUGUCCCUAUGGAUCAUGUGGAAGAAGAAGAUACUACCAAAAUCGGAGGAGGCUAACGACGAGUACAUCGAGGUGAAGAAAGCCUUUAACAGCAAGAUGACAGAAAUCUUCCAGGGUAGCGACGUAGACGACGUGCUGGAUAGGAUGAUUGCUGAUAUCAAACCACACGUGGAACAUCUGGCACUACCCCAGAGUGGAUCCACCAUUAGUCCAAUCCUACACCUUGAUGUAGACUUUCAUAAGCUACAACUAACAAGGGGUUCAUCAUAUAUAGAACUACCUAAAUGGAUAGCCUCAAAGAAGGCCAUCAUUAAUCCAGUGAAUGAAGAUGAGGAAUGUUUCAAGUGGGGCGUUAUAGCAUCCCUACACAAUGCAGAGAUGGGAAGGAACCCAAAUCAAAUAUCUCAUAUGCAGCGAUACGUAGACCUCUACAAUUGGCAGGAUAUAGAGUUUCCGACAACCAUCAAGGACAUAUCCAAGUUUGAAAAGAAUAACACGGACAUUGCUUUAAACGUCUUGUAUGUAAUGGGAAAGAAGAUCAAUAUCCUGCGGCGAUCAGAACACAACAUUGGGCGUAACAAGCAGGUGAAUCUGCUGCUUAUCACAGAUGAAGGAGACCUCGAAGAAUAGGAAUGCGAUGUAUUUCUGCCUGAACUGCCUACAGGCCUUUCCUACGGUUGAAUCGAGGGAGAAGCAUUAUGGCUACUGCAAGGAUCAUGAAGCAGUCAAGGUCACAAUGCCAAAGGAGGCUAAAAAAUGGUUACAAUAUAGGGAUGGUCAGAUGCAGUUGAGGGUACCUUUUGCUGUAUAUGCAGAUUUUGAGAGCCUACGCGUCCCAGUAGAAGAUGCAAGGGGAAUAAAGACAAAAAAACUGAACAAGCAUGUACCGUCUGGUUGGUGUACCUAUAGUACAUUUGCAUACGGCUCCAUACUAGGUUCCCUAACAGUCUACAGGGGUGAGGAUUGUGUCACGCGAUUCGUAAACCAUCUGGAGGAAGAGGCGAAGAGGUUAUAUAGGACAUUCCCGCAACAGCCAAUGUAAGAACUAACAGAGGUGUUAAAAAGGGAGCAUGACGAGGCCAGAGAAUAUCAUAUAUGCUUAAAGCCGUUUAACGACGAGAAUAACCGUAAAGUUCGGGACCGUUGUCACUAUACGGGGUUAUAUAGAGGCGCGGCGCAUAACAGCUGUAACCUCAAAUACAAUAUACCUAAUCACUUACCUGUAAUUUUCCACAAUCUAAGCGGGUACGAUGCGCAUCUCUUCAUCCGGGAAUUGGGUGAAAAAUAUGACAGCCAGGACAUUGUUUGUAUAGUUGAAAAUACUGAAAAAUAAAUCAGUUUCAAAGUUAAAUUCAAGGUACCACUUGCAGGUAUGGGGUAUGGAGAUGGUGAGGUGUAUAAGGAAAUAGAGAUCGGGUUCACUGACUCUUGUAGAUUAAUGCCCUUAAGUCUGGAAAAACUAGCAAGCAACCUCAACAAUGAACAGUAGAGCUACCUCCCAAGGAUGCAUUCUACGCAAGCUGAAUAUGAGGGGGAUCAGUGAUGAGGAUUAUGUCUAUGCGAAAAAGGUAUGGAAUUUCAUUACCCCAGAGGGUGAUAAGGUUACUAUUGGCGGCUAUCACGAUGUGUACCUCGCCACAGACGUCCUGCUAUUAGCCGACGUUUUUGAAACGUUUUGGGACGUAUGCUUGACAAAAUAAAAGCUUGAUCCUGCGCGCUUUUACUCCGCACCCGGUCUGGCAUGGAAGGCGGCACUCAAGUUUACCGGAAUUAGGUUAGAGCUCCUCACAGAUCCGAAGAUGCUCUUGAUGUUCAAAAAAGUUUUCCGUGGAGGUAUAACCCAGGCGGUACACCGGUAUGCGAGAGCUAACAACAAGUAUAUGGGAGACCAGUAUAACCCGGAUGAAGAAUCCCCCUACCUGCAGUACCUCGAUGCUAACGACCUAUACGGAUGGGCCAUGGGUUAAGACCUCCCAACGGAUACCUUUAAAUGGGUGUCAAAUACUAAGGUAUUCACCGAAGGGCGAAAAGCGAAACUCGUUAGCGACAAUAAACAUGGGUACAUUUUAGAGGUUAAUAUCGAAUACCCCGAGAGGUUACAUGAUAAACAUAAUGAGUUACCAUUUUUACCCGAACACAUGAGGAUCAACAAAGUUGAGAAACUGGUAUCAAAUUUGAAAAUAUAUAUUGCAUAUCAGAGCUGGAUAUAUAUUGCAUAUCGGAGCUCUCCAUGAAGCUAUAAGGCACGGGAGCUUAAGAAGGUGCAUAGAGUCAUUCAAUUUAACCAACAGCCAUGGCUUAAAGGGUAUAUGCAUCACAACACCGAUUUGAGAACAAAUGCGAAGAACAAGUUUGAGAAGGAUUUCUACAAGUUGAUGAACCUCUCGGUGUUCGGCAAAACUAUGAAGAACAUUAGAAACUACCGCCACAUUCAGCUGUUCACCAACGAGGAAAAGUAUAUGAAACUCGUGAUGAGGCCCAACUUUAAAGGUGGAAGCCGGUUCAGUAAGCACCUCCUAGGUGUAGAGAUGGGCAAGACGGAGGUCAAAAUGAACAAACCGGUGUAUAGAGGUCAAGUGAUAUUAGAUAUCUCAAAGCUAAUCAUGUAUGAGUUCCACUACGACUAUAUGCAGCCCAAAUAUGGUAGCAAGCUGCAGCUGUGUUACAUGGAUACGGACAGCUUUGUGUACCUCAUCCGAACAGAAGAUUUUUAUCGUGACAAUGCGCAGGAUCUUGAGGACCGUUUCGAUGCGAGUGCCUAUAAUCCAGAUGAUGGGAGACCUCUUUCUAUAGGGAAAAACGAAAAGGUCGUUGGCCUCAUGAAGGAUGAAUUAGGUGGGAAAAUUAUGACCGAGUUUAUAACACUUAGAGCCAAGCUAUAUGCCUACGAGAUCCUCACAAAAGAGGGCUGUGACAGGAAAGCCAAGGGUGUUAAAAGAUGCGUGACCAAAAAGUUUAUCACUUUUGACGAGUAUAGACGAUGUUUGGAAGAGGGCGUUAAUAUCUACAAAGGUCAGGUGUUAAUUCAAAACAAAAAUCAUCAGGUAUACACACAAAUCGUUAACAAAUUAGCCCUUAAUAGAGCGGAUGAUAAAAGGCUCGUGCAGCAGGAUCAGGUUACCACGCUUUCCCGUGGUCAUUACCGUCGGUGUACAACUGAGUAUGACUAAAUGGAAGUGUGUUUGUAUAUCGCCGUAAUGCUACCCUAUGCCCUGAUCGUGUUUUUCUUUUUUCGUUACCGCCGUACUUUAAAGAGAAUGUCAGAGCUUGCACAAAUGUUUGACACAGCCUCAGAAUCAACCUAUGAGCAUGUAGUGAAACCCACCGAUAAACUCCAGGUCCUGAAAGAAGCCCUGCGUAAGGGCAAGGGGCAUCUCCUACCCAAGAAAUGUACAGAGGGGUUCAUUGACAAGGCUCCUGAUGAAGCCGUCGAAAAGGUACAUGCUGAGUACGUACAACAUGAGCUUCAAGAGAAGGGAGAGAAAACCGCUAGGGCACUAUCUACUCACGUGGUCAGCCUAUACGCGAACAUGAUUGGAAAUGUCAUAGAUAUCGACAAUGUUGAUGAUUUAUGUAGGGACAUUGAAGAGGAUCCUCUAAAUAGGAAUAGCAUGACAGAUCUCAGGAGGUGUUUAGCUCCAAUUUUGGUGGCGGGGCAUACCGCGAGACAUAUGAGCAAAAAAAGAGGAUGACGCGGAGGUGAAAGAGCCUUGAAGAUCAUGGCCUACAUUGAAAUUUCUUAUAAGCCGUAGGACUUGUAAGAAAUGAGUGAAGAAGAGAGACAACAAGAGAGAGUCAUUACAAAGCCAGUAAAGCAUCUGGGGCGUGUGCCCCAGGGACACAAGUUGGCGGCACUGAUGAAGAAGAGGAAGGAAGAAAUAAAACAACAAGAGGGUACUGUAGAACCUACAGUCAAAACUUCUUCUGGGGCCAGUUCCGUACAGUCAAUAGACAACAUCUACCUUUAUGGUGUAGGGACUUUGGCCGUGCUUGCCAUAGGAGAUGUAGUCUGAUACAAGUUUGGUAGAGGCAAAAGUGAUGGGGGAACUAACAAGCUCACCUUUGAGCCUCAAAAGGGCAAAGCCCAGCCACAUAUUGAGAUUUUCAAAAUGCUGUAAUAAUAAAUGAAUACAAGCAACAUAACCCCGAAUUAGAAGGAGAUCCUGGAUAUGCUCUAU